UUCAGUUUGAAUUGUGUCCUCGUAAAGAAAGGAUAUUCGUUACAUUGUUGUUAAGUUGUUAUUAUAAUUUCCAAACAAAAAACCAACAAACUAACAAACCAAAGCAAAAUCAACACAACCAAAAAAAAAAAAAACACUCGCAAAGCAAAAAAGCAAAAACAAAAACAAAAUAAAACACCACGAAAUAAAAACAACUUGAAGGCGGAAAAUUCAAAUAUUAAAAAAGCGAAAAUAAAUAAAUAAAACAAAAGUAUUCCAAACUGACGACGCGUACAAAAAUCCGCAGCAAAGGCGUCUGCGAAAAUAAACAAACAACACGAAAACCACAUGAACUUUUUUUCCAAAACCAAAAAUAAAUAAAUCUUAUUGGUCUGUGAUAAGUGAAGGUAAAGCAAAAUUCAAUAAAAAAAAACAACAACAAACAAAAGCAAAUAAAUAAAAAAAAGUUAGAACAAAAAACCGUAAAAAUAAAUGCGUGCAGCAACCGCAAAGAGAAACUUUUGAAAUUAAUAAAAAUUUGUAGAAAUCAUUUAACGCAUCAAAUGAUUUCCACGUAACAUUGAACAAAGCGCAAACAAACAGCAAAAGCAAAUAAAACAAGAAAAAAGGGAAAACAAACAAAACUACAACAACAGCAAUUAAAAGUGCGGUUUCACACAAAAAAAAAAAACACAAAAAAAAAGGGAAAACAAAAAUUAUUUAGUAAAAUUAUAGCACGAUUUGAUGAUAGACAUCAACUGUGAGGCAGCACUUCAUUAAACAUCAAAGCGAAUUGCGUUUAACCGCAAAACGUGAAACACCAACCGAGCAGCAGCAAUCGAGCAGCAGCAGCAACAACAAAAGCAAAUAUCAGCAAAGAGCAACGCAGAGCACAUUGCAAAGUGCAAAGUGAAAAAAUGUUGGCAAUGCCCACGCUAAUGAUGCCAGCAACAGCACAGAUGACGCUCAGUGGCAAGCCGUAUGAGACCAAAUUGUUGGCCAUCCAUCAGACGCAUUUGCAGCAACCGCAGCAGCAACAACAGCAGCAGCAGCAGCAACAGGCGCCAGCACCGCAGCAGCAACAGCAGCAGCAACAACACCAGGCGAGCGUUAAGCAGCAAUCGCAGCAAUCGUCGCAGCAAAUGUCGAUUAUAACCACGCAGCAACAGCAGCAUCCGCAGUCUCAGUCGCCGCAUCAGCAGCAGCAAUCGCAGCAGCAGGCUGUCGCUGCCGCUGCAGCAGCUGCCGCAGCCGCUGCCCAUCAUCAGCAGCAGCAACAGGCCGCUGUGGCAGCCGCCGUUUGUGCCGCCCAACAGCAGGCGGUUGCUGUGCAACAGCAACAGCAGCAGCAACAAUAUCAAAUCCAUUCGCAGCAACAGUCGCCGCAGCAAGUGCUCAGCGUUUCGCCUAAGCAGGAACAAUUCCACAUCUUUGUCGGCGACUUAAGUUCAGAAAUUGAAACUCAGCAAUUGCGCGAGGCAUUCACACCAUUCGGCGAAAUCUCCGAUUGUCGCGUUGUGCGCGAUCCACAAACCUUGAAGUCGAAGGGUUAUGGAUUUGUGUCCUUCAUCAAGAAAUCGGAAGCUGAGAGCGCCAUUACGGCCAUGAACGGGCAAUGGCUUGGCUCGCGCUCAAUUCGCACGAAUUGGGCUACACGGAAACCGCCGGCGAGUAAAGAGAACAUCAAGCCGUUGACUUUCGAUGAGGUCUACAACCAGAGCAGUCCCUCCAAUUGCACCGUUUAUGUGGGCGGCGUCAACAGCGCCCUCACCGCACUCAGCGAGGAGGUGCUGCAGAAGACAUUUGCUCCCUAUGGCGCGAUACAGGAAAUACGCGUCUUCAAGGACAAAGGAUAUGCAUUUGUGCGCUUCUCUACUAAAGAGGCGGCUACUCAUGCCAUUGUUGGUGUGCACAACACCGAAAUCAAUGCACAGCCCGUAAAGUGCUCGUGGGGCAAGGAGAGCGGCGAUCCAAACAAUUCGCAGACCAUGGCCAGCCAGGCAUUGAACAGCGCCGCCGCUGCCGCUGCCGGUUUUCCAUAUGGCGUGAGUGCUGCGGCAGCUGCUGCCGCUGCCUAUGGCCAGCAGUUGGCUGCCACCGGUUGCUGGUACUCACCGACGCCAACUUAUCCGGCUUCGUCGGCCACCGCGGCCGCUGUCACACCAGCAGCGGCGGCGGCCAGCGCUGCGGCCGUGCAAAAUCAAUUCCUGCAGGGCAUCCAGGGCUAUCACUUUGGACAGUAUGGCGGCUACCAGCAAGGAUAUAUGGGAAUGGGCGUUCAGAUACCAGCCACCUGGCAAGGCGUUACCCAAGCUCAGAUCUCGCCAGCCCAGCAAUUGGCAACGGGCGUGGCAGGCACAGCCAUACCACAGGCUGCCGGCGUUGUUGCCUAUCCGAUACAGCAGUUCCAAGUGAGCCCACAGGUUUAUCCUUUACUUUUGCAGGCACAGUAAACAAGCAAAAACAAAUACCUAUAAAUAUACAAAGAAAUCAAUCGAAAUUUUUAAGUACAGCAGAAGUUCUGAAACAGAAACAAAACCCAAAAGUCAGCUGUAAAUAAAUGCGAAGCGCCGAUAAAAAAACAAAAACAUUUGCAAAUUGACGAGAAGUUCGAUGCGAAGUUUCGACGAGAAUGUUGAGUGCUGCACCCAAAUGCAAAAAAAAAGCAAAAAAACAACAAAAAAACAAAUGCCAAAAAAACAUAGAAUAACCACAGCACACACCACACACAAAACACAUAUUGUUGCAAUUGUUUAUGAUUAAUUAGUGCAUAAACAGUUGUAAGCGGCCCCUUUUGAAUAAGCCGCAAAUGUGAAAAAAAUAUGACAAAACAAAAAGUUAAAUACAAAAAAAAAAAAACUAAAGAACAAAGAAUAUAAAUAAAAUAUUAAAUACAUUUGGUAUCCUAGUUGCUUAUAUCACACACAAAAGUCACACACACACACACACACACACACACAAAAACACGUCCCCACAUUCACAAUCAGACUCGCAAACAUAUGCAUAAAUUCGUGUAAAUUUAUGCUUUAUAUAAAUGUGUUAAGCAUGCUGCGUAUAAAUAGAAUUAUAAUUAAUUGAAGAAUUGAAUGAGAAAAAAAAAUUUCAAUGAAAACAAAGAAAAACACAAAAAAUGACAAACAAGAAUUGCGUACUUAAAUAAAAAGUAAUUUGGUAUACAAAAAAAAAAAAGAAAAAAAAGUGAAAGCCAUAAAUUAAGUAUGCUGUAUUCUGUGCGUUUAUUGUGCAGAACAGAGGCUAUAGAACACUCACACACACACACAUUCAUUUAUAUAUCAACACACACAGAGACAGAUGCAGACAGUAACCUCGGUGUACAUGUGUAUGUUUUAACGUGGAAUUAAAUUAAAAUAAACAUAAUUAAAAAUGCGUUAAAAUUAAUUACGCGCGUGCACACUCACAGUUAAAGACACGCACACAUUCGCACUUAUUUAUACACACACGGACACACAUAUGCUAUAAAUUUGUUUGUGUGUGUAUGUGUGUGUAUGACUGACGCAGACAUUGACGCAAAACGCAGACGUUCCCAGGAGUCCCCUUGACAAAAACGCAAAUACACAUAAAGUCAGACACACACCCACACACACACACACACACUUUUGUAGCAUAUAAUUUAGCAUUGCCUACUUUUAUGCGCAGCUUUUGAUAAACGCUUAGAGCAAGUACAUCACAAUGAUAAUAUACACCUAGCACUAGUGCCUAUUACUAUCGUAGAUCUAGUUGACGACGACGCCGCCACGUCUGAAGACCCUCACACAUACACACACACAACGACACACUCACACAUACAACUGCCAAGCCAUAUGGUGUACUCGACAUUUCCUGCUAUCAUUUUCCUAUAACUAAAACGCAACUAAAUGUUACAAAUACUCAAAGUACUUUAUUUUGUGAUUGCUCAGUAAUUGAAAGACAUGUUCCUACAAACGUCUACACACACACUCACACACACCACACAUAGACACACACACACAAAUAGCAACAAUAGCACUCGCAGCUAAUAGUAUCUGAGAAGAAAAAAAAAACAAAAACAAAGUAUAAGAAAAUGUUUACAACUGAAAUAAGAAACAAGCAAAAAUUCAAAGUCCAAUGCAAUCCAGCCACAAAAAAAAGCUUAACUCAAACUCCUAUAUAAUCGAUAACCGAUAACCGUUAAUCGAAACCGAUACUCGAUACUCGAAUGGCAUCAAGCUUUAGUUUUUAAUCUGUCUCACAGGCUUUGUAAUAAUAAUAGCAGCAAGAUCCAAACUUGACACACUUGAUAUAUAAUAUAAUAUUUGUUAUUCUUCUUAGUUUUGCAAUUAUUUUCGAUUAUGCUUAUGAUUUCAUUCUUUUACAAAUUCAAUUUCCAAUGAAAUUCAAUUAAAUCCUCUGUACAAAGCAACAUUACAAAAAAAUUUCCACAUAAAUAUUAAAAAAAAAAAUUCUCAUUUUUGAAUAUUUUUCUACCUGUCUAAAACGUAUAAAACGUAUUUUGUAUAUGUUUUUAUUUCAGUUGCCAGAAGAUGAAUGGUUAGCUGCAAAUUUAUUGUGUUAGAAAACAAAUAUAAAACAGACAAAAACAAUGCCGAUUUAAUGCAAGGAAAUAUGUGUGUUCCACAAGUCUUUUCGAUCUGACGAUUUGCUAAAACUUCAAAAUACAAAAAAUAGCACCUAUUGUCCUUGCAGAGUCUUUCAGUUUCAGUCUACCUCGUUGUCAAUUGUAGACUCUACACAAAUUGCUAAAUUGUAAAAGGUUUGUGGAACAGAGUUUAGCUAACACUAGUGAGAAUAAAUGCCCAAUUACACACACACAUAACGUACGUACAUACAGAUAUAUACUCGUGUGUAUAGAUAUUAUAUAUAUACUAAUAAAUAUAACAAUCAAAAUAUGCCAUCGAAUGAUAUUAUAUGAUAUUAGCCAUAAUCAUAAACACACACACACAUAAAUACCAGUUUAAUCGUGUAAUCGAAAUGGAAAUCCAAAGAUAUAUAAUUUUAACAAGAACAGAGAGCACUCCAUAAACACUGAUUCGGAAAAUACAAAGAAAUAUACCAGAAAAAUACCACAAAAUACCAUAAACAUGCCAGACAAAUACCCAACACACUCAAUCAUAUGCAUAUAGAGUAUAUAUAAAUGUGAAUAUAGAGAAUAAAAAGGUUAUAGAGUGCGAUCUAGCAUGGCUUAAAUAGGCUUCACCAGCUGAAAGGAAUAGAGAGACACACACACAAACACACAGGCAUACAAAACAGAACUAGAAAGUGAAUUAGAUAUACCUAACAUAUAUAUAUGUUUAAUGGUUUAUGUAGUUGGUAUUCAAAACAGAAAGAACAUGCUUAUAUAACAUACAUACAUCAAUACAUAUAGCUAUACAUAUUUUAGAACUAGACAGACAUACAUAUACAUACAUAAACAUAGCAUACAUAUGUGUGUGUGUGUGUAUAUAUCAGCAAAACAUAUAAAUAUAUAUACAGACACACAUACACACACAAAAACGAGCAAUCAAAUAUAGCUGCGGCACAUAGUAUAUAAUAUUUAUAUAGAUAUGUGUUUAUACAUGCAAUAUAUGUGGCAUACAUACAUAUAUAUAUUCAUGAAUAUGUAGGAGUAUGUCUUGGUUGACAAAUUACAACAAGAACAACAACAACAACAGCAACAAAAAAUGUUCAAAAUGAAAACCAAUUAAAAUGAUAAAAAAACAGGCAAAUAACAUGUAAUAGCUCGCAUGUUGUAUGGUUUAUGUAGAUGAUGUACGUAUCGAGCAAUUAAACUUGAUAUCAUUUCACUUUGGACAUUUGUGUUUGAUGGGACAACAGCAAGGGAAGAGGAGAAGAGAGGAAAGUUUCAUGAUUUGCAUAUGGCGCGUUUUAUCUGUAUUUUUAUGAUUUUACUUUUGACCAUUUUAUUUUGUGAUUUUUAUAUUGUUAACAACAUUUUUAUGGACACAGAGAAUAGUUGAAUUUUUAUAUAUGAAUGGGCGGGAUGUGCAAUGCAAUUUCCAUUGGGGGAAUGCAUAACUAACUAAAGUUGUGCACCAAGUUGUCCCCAUGGAAGACACAAAGACAGAACAGACAGACAGACAGGCAUACAUAUGACAUAGAUGUGUAGCUGUAAGUAACUAGCGAGUUGUAAUGUAAACUUAAGAUGUUUUUAGCACUAGAAACUAACACGUAGUUGGACUAUAUGAGAGGCAUUGCAUGUUUAAACCAAAAACCAAAAAAAAAAAAAAAAAGAUAAGAGAAGAGACAGCAAACGACUUAGAUGUAGAUGUGAUUUUAAAGAAAAGAAAAAAAAAACAGAGCAAAACCUUGGAUCGAUUUAGAGAGAUUGAAGCUGAUGCGAUUAUUGCAGUUUUUCUGUUUGUUAUUUUGUUUAUAAAAAAACGAAAAUUAAGGAAAACUAGUCAAAAAUGAAAAUGCACAAGCAAAACCAAAAAAAAAAACUAAACAAUUUUUUGUUACAUAAACAAAAAACAAAAAAAAUACUUAGGCAGAUAAAAAUUUAAAACUUUGUUGACCAAUCCAUGAGAAAAAGAGUUAAUGAAAUUUGGCUAUAAGAAAAAUACAGCACAUUUAUAAAACAAAAGCAAACUUUAUAUAUUAAAUAAAACAAAAGAUAAGGAACAAGUGGAAAAAACAACAACAUGAAUAAUACUCAGAAAAAUUAUAAAUUAUACACAAAAUAUUAUUGGUUUGUUUGUUAAUGUUUGCGCAACAUAUCAGUAAAGAGUUAAACGAAAUAGUUUCCAUAUAGAUGAAGCUAACCAAACAAGUUGGAAACUUAAUCGAGUAAACAAAAACCAAAAUAAAAAAAUACUCUAAAAUAUUAAGAUAUAGUAAAAGUAAUAAAUAUAUAUAUACACAUAUAUAUAUAUGAAGAAAAAAGAGAAAAAAACGAAAAAAAAAGUAUUAAUGUUGUGCAACUAAUGAAUGUGCUAAGACAUUUAUAUACGUCUACAUACAUAUAUACAAGAUAUUUAUAUAUAUACAGUACGAGUAACUGAAGAGCAUAGAACAUAUUUAUAGGCGUCUAUACAGAAGAUAACUGAAGUCAGAACAGGUAAAUGGGGUUUAUUGUAUUACGAAGUACUCCAGUAAUCCAUCAUUAUGAUUUCGUAGGCUCAUCAUUAUUAUGUUACAUUCUCGCAGAACAAAACAGUAAAAAACAAGUUAAGAAAAGUACAGAACAGUGCAGAAAAGAAAAUAGAAUCAUAGCUCAAUUGAAAUGUUUUAUAAGCUCAUCAUUUGUUGAUACUAUCUAUAACUAAAAUAAACUAAAACUAACUAAACUAUCCUAUAUUCGAUAUAUAAUUUGAACUCAUUUGAAUUGGAUCGUGUGUUGACGAGGAAUUUGAAAUGAAUUAUAAAACAAAGAAGAAGAAAAACACAAUUGUAGUUGAUAAUUAGAAGCUGCAAUUACAAAUUAGUCAAUUUGGGGUGUAAUUAUUGAGAUUCGCUGAAACUGGAGCAGUUAGCAAAAUUUUAUGAGAAAAAACUACACUCAUCACACAUACAUACACACUCACACACACACAAACAAACAGCACGAGAUGAAGGAGAAAGAUUGUAAAACGUAAUUAGGGCAUGUAGCAUAAAUUAAAUGAAAUUGAAAAUCAAAUGAAAUUAACAUACAAACAACAAAAGCGAAACAAAACUUCAAAUCAAUCAAAUAAAAGUAUUAUUUAAGCAACAAUACAAUACGAGUAUAAAUAAUAAAUAUAUAUAAAUAACAACGUACAUAAAUAUACACACAACAUAUAUUUACAUAAACCAACAAAACAAUACCAAAAGGAAAAUAACAAAAAUGAAAAGUCAGGCCGUUUAUUUGUUAUCUAACAAUACAAGUGAAUGAAUGUUACGUAAUUAACAAUCGACAUACAAAAAAAAUUCUAUAAUUCUGAUUUCAUUGUUUAACAACCAAACAACAACAACAACAGAAAUGGAGCCACUUGACAGUCAGAAGAGAAUUCAUCAUUAGUUGUCGUGUCUUGUGUGCUUAGAUAUACAAACAAAACAAAGGAAAACAAAACAAAAAAAAACAUAUGGGAUACAUUAUUUAUAUAAAACAAGCAAGCAAAAUAUUUAAAGUUAAAACUAGCAAACUAAAUGUAAUAGCAACGUAAGUAAGUAAAGCUAGAGGUCCCCCUAUAUAUAAAAUAUGGUAAAAAGUAAAAACGUAAAGAAGUAAAUCAAAAAUCCAAAAUGGCACUCGAAGUACUCGUAUUCGUGCGAUCCAGAAUAUUUUUUUGUGCAAUAAUCCGGAUGGGCAUAAGCAUUUUAUGCAUUUAAAAAUCAUAAUAAGAUUGUAGAAGAAAUCAAAACGAUGAGCAAACAACCAAAAGCUGCUAAUAAAACUAAACACACAACAAAACAAACAAAAGACAGUUACACAGCAAAUGAAAACAAACAAACAAAGGUUUGAAUGGCAUCAAACUGAAGACGCAGCUAUGAACUGUGCAAACUCACACACACACAAACACAUAUACACAGACAGAUACACAUACAUGAGUUAGUAUAUAGAUAUCGACUAAAAAGCGUAUGAAUAUGUGUAGAAUAUAUAAAUAUAUAUAUAUAUACUAUAUGCGUAUCUGUAUAAACACAUAAAAUAUGUUAAGUGAAUAGCAAAUAAAAUAAACAAAGUAUAGAUAUCGACUGCAGUAUUGCAAAUAUUUUGUAGAAAUUUAAGAAUGUUUAAGUGUGUGUUUAGCAAAAAGAAGGACUAGAGAACGCACACACACACAUGCACACCCAUACACACACAUAAAUGACAACAAAGUCACACAAAGAUACACGAAAAAAACAGAGUCGAAAUAUCAGGCAAAUAUAGAAACAUGAAAACAGAAAUCACAGGCAUAAGCGAUGUUUUAAAAAAGAAAAAAAAUAUAUAUAUACAUUAUAUAUAUACGAUAUGGCAUACUCACACAACUACACACACACAUAUACACGAUCACAAAUGAAAUCACAUGUGAAACAACAUAACGAAUAUUAAAAGGUUAAUCAAAUUAAGCAUGGCAAAAACCCAGCAAAAGGAAACAAAAAGAAAAUAUUUAUAGUUAAAAAACGAAAUACAAAAAAAUGACAAAAAAAAAACACACAGAAUUUGGUCGCGUGUUUUGUAUACCAAACGCGCCAAAAAAAAAACAACAACAAAAAACAGAAACCCAAAACAAAGCAAAAAGCAAGCAAAAAUAUUAUACAAAAUUAUAUACAAAAAAACAAAAAGAUGACAAAAAAACGUAUAAAAAAUACAAAAAUUAUAAAAUAUUUGUGCAGGCUACUAAAUAUGAGAGGUUCGAAUAUAUAGUUAUGAACAAGGCCAGCACAGAACCUAGAGAUAAUCGAACAAAAAAAUACAAAAAUAAAAAAAAUAGAUGAGAUGAGUAAGCGAGCAGGAGAAGAGUUUCCAGCGCGAUGAAUUAUGAAAAUACUUAUACAAAGCUAAAUAGAACAAAGCAAAAUGAAACGAGAACAAAUGAACAACAAUUGCAACAUAUAAAUGAUGAACAUAAGUAAAACGUAAAUAUAAUAAAUAUAUAAAUACAAAUAAACAGAAAAGGAAACAUAAAGGUAAAAAUUAACGGAUAAAAAAACGAAAACCAAAAAAAAAAAACAAAAAACAAAAA